AGCACACACAACAUCGAAAUGGCUCCAACAAUCCUCGUCGUCGGCGCGACCGGCAACACCGGGAAAGGUGUCAUGGAGACUCUUCCACAAUUGCUCAAGCAGCACAAGAGUCUAUCCAACCAUCGCAUCCUGGCGCUCACCCGAUCAAAAGACAGUCCGUCAGCGAAGAAGCUCGCAGCGCUGGACGGCGUCGAGCUGGCGGAGCAGAACUGGACCGAAAUCACCGCCGACUGGCUUCGCAAGCACGAAGUCGUUCGCAUCUUCAUCGCAUCCCACAACGAACCUUCCCAAUUCGCUGAAGAAGGACAAUUCCACGUUGAAGCACUGCAUGCGGGCGUCAAAUACGUCGUGCGCAUCUCGACCACGGCUGCGAAUGUCCAACCAAACUACCCUGCAUACUAUCCGAGAACGCAUUGGGCUAUCGAGCAGAUGCUGAGCCAGCCAGAGUUCAAGAAUAUGCACUGGACCUCGCUGCAGCCAAAUGUAUUCUACUCGAUCGUCUUGGGUCCGGCGGCGGAGUACAUCAAAGAACAUCGCAAGUCCGGCAAGUCAGGAAAGCUGUCCCUAAUGCUGGACGCAAACACGCCUGUCGGAGUGAUCGAAGCGUCGGAGAUUGGCGUACUGGCCGCUCAUCUGCUCGCUCAGGACGACACCAGCGCUUACAAUCAAAAGCGGCUGGUCCUUAACGGGCCCAAAGACAUUACGGGCGAAGAGAUCGUAAAAAUGGUCGAGUCGCACACUGGAUCGAAGGUGGGCGACGUUGAGUACAGAGAUGUGUCCUUUGUGCACUCUUGGGCGGACGGUCUGACAUCGGGAUCGAAGAAUGUGAUCCGCUCGAUUUCACAUGCUCCUGAGACUGCAUGGGCGGGGAAGUGCAAAGCGGAAACGACAAGUCCGGAGGUCCUCGAGUUGGCAGCCCCGAAGAUCACUGUCAAGGAGAGUCUGGCGCAGAUGCUGCAGUGA